AUGGCGUCCCGGCGAAGCAAGCGCGGGCCUGGGCGGAACCCGACGACGAUGUCGUCGAGCUCGGCGACUGCGGCGCCCGAUGGGCUACCGGUCAUGGAAGACAACACGAGCCCGUAUGGCAUGCCGGACCACUACAUGCACAUGCAGGAGCUCACGCCGAGCCUGCGCGACCAGUACAUGGCGCCGCCGGCGUCGCGCGACCAGCCGCCGUCCAACAACACGAUGGCCGGUACGCACAUCCAUGUGAUCGACAAGGAGUUCCAGAAGCAGUUCCGCGGGCGCAUGACCGGGCAAACCAACGCCAAGAUCCACUGGAUGGAGAACAAGAAGAGCCAGGUCAUGGGCAUCUGCUGGACGAUGGCAUGCUUGGGCUUGACGCUGGCCUUUUACAACUACCGCUGGGCGGGCCUCAUUGCCGGCUCGGUCAACACGAUCGUCUGUGGCCUCGCGGUCGUCGUGACGUACUCGCAGAAGCGCGAGUGGCAUCAACACCCGAACCCGAUCGUCCACAUGCGCAGUUGCCUUAGCAUCUUCCUCGCGAUCUGCCUCCUACUCAACGUCUAUGUCGACUACGACCCGAAGCCGAUUCCGAACAGCGACUUCAACUCGACCAAAGCAUGCAAGAACCUCGCGGGCCUGACCGAGUUCUUCUUCUUCUCGUCCGAAGCUUGGGGCCUCGUCAUGGCCAUCGACCUUCUCUCGUCGCUCAACGACCCGUUCAAGAGCUACAAGCGCUCGAUGAAGUUUUACCACGCCUUUGUCUGGACCGCCAGUCUGGUCAUGGGCGUGGUGACGUUUGCAGCAGAGUACGACGGCCUCGAAGCCGGCGGCUUCUUCCAGGUCGACGGUCGCGCCGUCAACACCUCCGCGCCGGCCAAGUACCUCAUUGGUUUCUGCCUCGCGUCGUCGCGCAACCUCGAUGAGCCCAUCAAGAGCAACAACAAGUUGGCCACGGUGGGCAAGGACGAAGACGUCGGAGCCAAAUUCUUUCGGAUCCAGACCUGGCCGUGGAUCUUGCUGUAUGGCUUUGUGAUCUUUGUCCUGAUCGUGUCGCUCGUUGUGCUCUUGAUUGCGUGGCGCCGGCUCUACUCUGGCGGUGUGCCCAAGACGUACAACCUCCGUCUCCGCGUUCUCAACUACAUUUCUCUGUUUACGGGGGCGCUGGUGUUUUACUGGCUCUUCCUUCUCUUCCUCUACAUGUCGACAUACUUUGUGACCAACUCGGCGACGCAUCAAGACGACUUGGCGCCCAUGGUCCUCAAGCAAUUCUUCAUGUUUCUCAUCGCGUCCAAGGGCUACCUCGAGUACAUCAUUUGGUUCGCCGUCAACAACGUCCAGAAGACCCGCGGCAAGGGCCGCAACCACGACGUUGACGUCGACUUGAGUCCCCAAGUCAACCUCGCCUUGCGCUCCGAGAUUCUCUACUACACCACGUCGGGCAUCAAGCAGUCGGUGCAUGAAGUCGGGAACGGCUCGAAUACGUCCGAGAUGUUUCUGCUCAACGACGGCUCGUCCGACGACAAGCACAACAAAGCCAUCAAGUUUUGGUCGUACGCGCCAACGACGUUCCGUGCGAUCCGCGAGACUUUUGGCAUCGGCGAUCACGAGUACACGAGCCUUUUCUCGGCGACAACCAAGGAACGGUUUAGCGAGGGUCGAAGCGGUGCCUUUAUGUUUUACACGUCCGAUGAGAGCUUUAUCGUCAAGACCAUGUCGCGGGAAGAGUGCGACUUGCUGCGGCGCAUGGCGCCCAAGUACGCGACGUACCUCAUGUCGCACCCGCACUCGCUCUUGACCAAGUUUUACGGCUGCCACGCCGUGCUCUUGUACGGCAAGAUGUACUACUUUGUCGUGAUGGGCAACCUCUUUGCGAACACGCAAGUGAUCCACCACCGCUACGACAUCAAGGGCAGCUGGGAAGACCGCAACGCGACGAUGCCCAAAGUCGGCGGCAAGGUCACGUGCCGCUACUGCAACGCGCGCUACACGUUUGGGAGCACGAAAUCGCAAGAGUGCGGCGACGGCCUCAACUACCACGAGCCCAACAUUGUCUUGAAGGACAACGACUUGAUGACCAAGGUCCGGAUCGAUCCGCGCUCGGCCGAGCAGCUCUACGACCAGAUCUGCUUCGACUCGGACUUUCUCUACGACCAAGGCAUCAUGGAUUACAGCCUCCUCAUGGGCGUCCAGAGCUGCGAGUACUACGUCGAGCCGGGCAUCGUUGGCGGCGCACACGGCAACGGCAUCCAGUCGGCCUCGGCGUUUGCGACCCAGAUGGCGACCAGUGUCAACGGCCCGGCCUUGUACCAGUUUGGCAUCAUUGAUUUCCUCCAGCAAUGGACGUUCGAAAAAAAGUUUGAGCGCUUCUACAAGCGGUACGCCAAGCGGAAGGACCCGGACGGCAUCUCGGCCAUGCCGCCCAAGCAGUACAAGCUCCGGUUCCAGCAAAAGAUGAGCCAAGUGUUUGCGAUCUCGAAAGGUCUCUCAAACCCGUUUGCGGGCCAGCAGCCGAUCUGGCUCGACGUGCUCGACCAAGGCGUUGCGUCAUCGACCCGCAACAACGGCGUCUUCCGCGAGAACGCGACGACGUUCAACCAGUACGUGGACGAAGCCAACUUGCGCCAUACGACCGCCAUGGUGCUCUCGGACAACGAGCGCGACACGCGCCACGUCAUUCCCAAGUAGGGCUCCCUCUCUUGUCGUGUCCCUCUACUUAUUAACUACGCGAUGCUGCAAUGUGUAUAUACAUUUUGUCACAAAC